UUUAAACCAAACAAACUGCAGCUGUGGGACUUUGCAGACGGGAUGGCGUCUGAUUUGGAGGUGCGUGUCAAAGAGAGCAUCGAGAUGGAGCUGUUUUCUUCAGAGGAGUCGUGUUUGCUGAUCCAAAACCACGAGCACAAAGCAGGAAAACACCAGAGACACUUGGAUCACCCUCUGGCCCCUGGAGAAGAGGAGCCCGGCCGGAGGAGCCUCUCACUGGGGAGGAGGCUCGGCAGACAGACCCUCCCUGUGACGGAGAACCAGGAGAACCAGGAGAAAGAGGAGAAAGAGGAGAGAGAGGAGAGAGAGGAGAAAGAGGCGAGCCCAGGAGCAGAGGAGGACAUGCUCAUAGAGAUGGAGGUUCUCCAUUCACUUAAGAAGUCCAAAUAUAAGACUCCCUGUGAGCCCACGGCCGGGCGUCUGAAGUGGAAGAAGCUGCCUCAGAACAGCGGUCGAUUUGUGGUUAAAGACCUGGUGUUUCUGCCCAGAGACGAGUACCUGGCUCAGAUCGAGAGCCACGUGUUUUCCCAAAGACGAGAGGUGUCCCCGCUCACUGCUCGUAUGACGGUGGACAGCAGCUGGUCGGCCGCAGAGAUGGACACUAAACUGAAGCUGGUGCUGCGCCGGCAGUUUGGAAAAGCAGCCGCAAGAAACAUCACCUUCACGUAUCUGCAGUGUGUGCAGAGCUCCAGGUGUCUGUUCAUCCCUUUGGCCCCUGGGGAGGGCUGGAACGGGGCCCACGUGCUGCAGGUCUCUGCUCUGGGGCCUCUGUAUCUGCUCAUUCACCAGGAAACCUCGUCCUCUCAGGUUGAAGGCGAAAAGUCAUUACGUCGAUCGGAGAAAAACAGAAGGGUUGUCCCAGAAAUCCACAAAGAUAAUGACGCAAGCAACACGAGGUCAGAGGAGCUCAGGAAGGAGUUGCAGAGCGUUCUUGCUUCUUUCACACAAGAAACCCCCGAUGUGGAGCUCCCCCUGCAGGUGAGGAGGACCGCAGUGCUGUCCUCGGCCCUGAAGGCGGUGAGGAAGUCGGGCUUCUGUUUCAGGGACGUCCCCAUCGUGUCCUUCAGUGGAGAGGAGACGGAGGGCCACCAGGGGGCGCAGCGGGAGUUCUUCAGGUUGAUGUUGCAGGAGCUCCAGGAAACGUCGCUGUUUGAAGGCCCGCCCGGUCGCCUUCUUUUGACCUCUGACCUCUCAGCUCUGGAGGAGUGGGGCUACUACGAGGCGGGCGUUCUGAUUGGCUGGUCCCUGGCUCACGGCGGGACGGGGCCACGCUUUCUGCACCCCGUUCUAUUCCAGCUGAUGUGUGGCCACUGCUCCUCUUUGGACGACUUCAGCUGGAGAGACGUGGCGGACUUUGAAAUACAGAGUCAUCUCCAACAGUUACAGAGCUGCUCAGAUGCGCGGCUGCUCAGUCCCAGUCUGUGUGAGUGGGCGUCUCACUGUGGAGCGCCUGAGAUCUCCUCUGCAACCACCGAGGAAAUCCCAAACAUUUACAGUAGAGUCGUUAAGCACUACAUGCACGACAGAGUGUCCAGGACGAUCGAGCAGUUUACCCAGGGCCUGAACAGCUGCGACGGGCUGUGGGACGUGAUGAGGUCCCACCGGGAGGCCUUCGCUCCGGUGAUGACAUCGGUCGGUACCAGGCCUCUGACGCUGCCAAACUUUACGUCGCUUUUUACCGCCAGCUUCAGCUCAGACUGCGAGGAGCUGAAAGAGGAGGAGGAAACGGCGGCGCACUGGGAGACGGCGCUGGGUCUGAUCAGUGAUGGUGGCGCUGCUCUUUCCUUUGAAGACCUCCUCAUCUUCGUCUCAGGACUGGACCAGGUGCCUCCACUGGGCUUUUCCAGCUCCAUCACUCUGCGUUUCUACUCUCAGGAUUCUGAUCCGUCCAUUUUGCGCCUGCCUUCUGCCUCCACUUGCACUCUGGAACUGUUUCUACCCAGACGAGUAGGUGGCGCUGUGGAGCUGUUGGAGCUGCUGACCAGAGCUGUGCGUGAGUCAGUGGGCUUCACAUGUUUGAGUCCAGAGGAUCGCUGCACCGGUGGGCGGAUUAGGAGGACCUGACCACUCGAUUUUUGUUGCUGUUCCCUUGGGCCUACACACUUCCCCCGCCUCGAUACCACGGCUUGUGUUUUACUGUUACUUUUUAAAACAAUUUUAUUAAUAUUUAGACACAGUUGAGUCACGGCUUUAUUUAUUACAGAAUCUAUGGAGUUUUCCUGUAAUUUUCUGAAAGAUUGCACCAAUAAUAUUUGUUUUUUUUAAUUCCCUGACAAUAAAUAAAGUUUUAUUCUGAUUUU